AUGUUAAGAAAAGUUGUAGAAACUGCUUGGCCUGCAACAAACAGUCCAAAUGUGCCAAUCUUUAAACGAUUUCAAACUGCGUGGGAAAAAAUUGACAAAUCAAAGUAUAAAAUUGGUAUUGAAGAUGAAAAUAUCAAAACAACUUUGAUUGAAAUAAAAAAUGAAAAAGUUAUUUUUCUCGACAACCAGCUUAAGUUGAACCAUUCAAGAGAUGACUACAAGGAACUAUUGGUGCUUUGCAAAAUCUUUCUCGGUGCUGUGCCAAGUAGUGAAGUGAAAUUCCGAGCUCCUGGUGCAAUGCACCAUGCCAGGUGGCUUUCAAAAGCUCUUUACAGCUUCAAAAUGUACAUGUUUAGAAGUGAAUUCAAGAUGAGACCUUCAGAAAUUUCUUCUUUGCGCCAAAUUUGUUGUUUUCUUACAUUGUUUUAUGUUGAAGCGUCGUUUGAAGCACCCUGUGCGAUUAAAGCUCCCAAUAAUGACCUCGAACUAUUUAAAAAACUGCUUAAAUAUAAACAAAUGCAACCUAAAAUUGCGGCAGCUGCUCUUGAGAAGUUAAGUUUGCAUCUUUUGUAUCUACAUAAAGAACUGGUGUGCUUGGCUCUGUUUGACUCUAAUGUGACACGAGAACAAAAAUUAAAAAUCGUAAACUCCAUCAAAUCUAAUAAAUCAUUCGAUAUAAAAGGUAAACGUCCUCAAAUAACGCAAGGAUCAUUUGAUACAUUAGCAAAGAGAGAAAUUUGUGAUUUUGCAAGCGAAAAUGUAGCGAAUAUGUUUGAGACUUUUCGCGAUAGCCGUAAUGAUAUUGUUUUUAUUGUGAUUACGACGAGGUCGAGUCGAGUCGGUGCAUCGCAGCAGGCUGGCCUGGAGCGUUGCUCAUUAGAACACACUUCAUCGCAGCGGGCACAGAGAACUCUUCAAUUGUCUCAAACACUGACUCGAGCUUGA